GUGUACACGUACAACCUACAAGUAGUUAGUUUUUGAAAGCGAAAAUGGUGCAGUGGACCAAAAUCGUUUGACUAUUCAAAACUACGAAACAAAACCCUUGAUCGCACACCACAAUGGCGGAACCUCCACAACAACAACAACCCCUUCUUCUCCUUGAAGGCACCGAUUCCAGAAACCACCGAGUCAUGUCUCAACUCACUCACUCUCUCCUUUCUCAACUCACCCAACUCAAUCCUUCUCUUCCUCCUUCCACCCUCGCUCAACGCGAGUCUUACAUUCAAUCUCGCCUUCAACACCUUUUCCAUAAUUUUCACACCCCCACUCACCCCCCUUAUGCUCUGAUGAUAAACAAGGCAAUUGUGGAAUUGAAUGAACAAAAUGGAUCGACCUCGGAGGCGAUUUCGGAGUUUAUUAAAAGAGAAUACGAGGAUUUACCGUGGGCUCAUUCGAAGAUUCUGAGUAUUCAUCUAGGGAGAAUGUGUGAGAUUGGGGAGAUUGCGUGCACAGAGAAUGGUAGAUACAUGUUUCCUGUUGGUGGCGUGGAAAAGAAAGAGGAGAAAGAGAAAGGACGGUGUAAGGGUAGCAGGAAGAGGCGGAGGAGCUGUAGGAGUAAUCGUGAAGAUACUGAGAGAGAGGAUCAGUUGGCUUUGUUAGAUAGUGGCGGGACCGAGGAGGCUUCGACGCAGGUUGCUGAGAGUGAUGAUCAUUUGAUUGGAAGUGUUGAGGAAAAGGCAAAACUACAAUCUGAAAAGGGAGUUCAAGUUCAGAUGGUAAGUAGCAUAGUUUGUGCAGAAGGGUCACCAGAGGACAUGAUAUCUACUGGUUCAGGAAAAGAGUUAUCAUCACAAACACCGUUGCAACCUCAAAAAUCCGCUGACAUUGAUACAGAUGUAACAGCUGCACUAGUUUGUGCGAAUGUAGAUGAUGGUGAGCUUCCUCAGGAUUACAAUCAAGGGAAUACUGAUGGAAGCCUUGAUGAGAAUCCGAUUAUCGAGUGUCUUGAUCAGAUACAGCCAAUGCGAAAGCGUGCCAAAGGCAGAGGCAGGCCUUGUAAGGCAGAAACUGAUGAUGAAGACUGGCAAGAGAAGCCAUUGCUGGUUACGAGGGGACCAACCAAAAACAAGAGGAAUCCAAAGGGUCAAACUAGAGGUCUAGGGAGGCCUCCUAAGGUAAUUCAAGAAAAUGAACAAUGUGAAGAGAAGCUAAAGAAAAAAGAAGAAAAGUUAAGGAAGAAAGAAGAGAAGUUAAGGACAAAAGAGAAGUUGAAGAAAAAAGAAGAGUUAAUGAAAAAAGAUCAAGCUAAGCCACAUGAUUGUGAAGAGAAAUUAAAGAAAAAAGAUGAAGCUAAGUUGCAUGAUCGUGAAGAGAAAUUAAAGAAUGAAAACCAAGCUGGUCGUGGACGAGGGCGUGGUCGAGGUCGUGGUCGAGGUCGAGGGAGGACUCCUAAGCCCAAGGUAUGUGAUACUGAGGCGUGAUACUGAGGCACCAGUUGCUGAAGCGACAACCAUGUGAAGUUCCAUAUAUGUUCUCCUGCUUUGACAGUGGAUCUAUUUAUCAUUUUUUGAUAAUUUGUUCAGAUUGUUAGGACUGCUUGUAGGAAUUCAGUAAGCUCUCAUAUGUAUGUGUUAUAGCAUUAAACUAUAUCUUGUGUAAAUGUUACGUUUGGAUAACCACAUUUGCCAAACUACAACCAUGUUUUUGGGGUUAUUGAGGAAUGCUAAGCAGAGUUACUUUAA